CUCCCCGCUCCCGCUUUUCCGCCGCUUCCUCGGCCUCGGCGUCCGCCCCAACCGCUACACCUUCCCGCCUCUGCUCACCUCCCUUUCCUCCCUCAGCGACCUGAGAGCCGUGCAUUCUCAGGUGGCAAAAUCCGGCUUCUCGCGCGACAUCCACGUCCGCAACGCCCUCCUCGCGCGUUACGCCGCGUGCGACCCAGACUUGGCCCACGCAGAGCAGCUGUUCGACGAAAUGACCCGGCCGGACGUCGUCGCCUGGACCACCAUGAUCACCUCAUACAAGAAUCGCGGCCGCACCUUUCAGGCCCUGGCCACGUUCCGGCGGAUGCUGGCUGCUUCUGUCGCCCCCAACCGCGUCACCAUGGUCGCUGCACUUGGCGCAUGUGCGGCCCAUGGAGCCGUCGAAACCGGCACUUGGAUCCAUGAGUACGUGCAGAAGCAGGGAUGGGAGCUGGAUGUUGUACUAGGCACUGCACUCGUAGACAUGUAUGGGAAAUGUGGGCACGUCGUGGACGGGGUGCGUGUAUUCUCAGAAAUGGCCGAGAGGAAUGUGUACACUUGGAACUCUAUCAUUGGAGCGCUUGCUCUUGCUCAGAAUGGCACAAUGGCUGUGCAGUGGUUCUACAGGAUGGAGGCUGAUGGCGUCCGGCCAGAUGCAGUGACGCUCAUUUGUGUUCUUUGUGCGUGUGCCCAUGCUGGCUUUGUUGACAUUGGGAGGAAAAUAUUUCACAUGAUCGUGCAAGGGGAGUAUGGGUUUCAACCUGGGAUCAAGCACUAUGGAUGCAUGGUUGAUCUUCUUAGUCGCUCUGGACACCUGGAUGAUGCCUUCAGUGUUGUUGAGACGAUGCCAUCACAGCCAAAUGCAGUCAUCUGGGGCCUACUGUUGCGGGGUUGCAAAGCUCAUGGUGACUCACAGUUGAGUGAACAUGUGAUGCGAAGGUUGGUGGAGUUGGAGCCUGAGAAUGCUUCACAUUAUGUGCUGUUAUCAAAUUUAUAUGCUGAGACAGGGAGAUGGCAGGAGGCUGAGGAGAUCUUGCAGUGGAUGAAGAAGAAUGGAUUGAGGAAGGAUGCAGGCUGGAGCCUCAGGAUGUUAGGAGACAGGCUGUUGUCACCAAAGUUUGACAGCCCGAAGCUAAUGUUGCCGAUCCAAGGAUCUUUUGUACAGUAACACAGGUAAAAAAAUAUAUAUUACUGAUGGGUGGAAUGUUUUUCGCGAGGAAUGUUGGAAGGCGGAUCACUGUGUACCAUAGAGAAGUAGGACCUUGCUCUCACUCCGAGCUGGGAAGUCAAGGACUUAAGAUCAUGGACGUUGAUUGGGAGCAAGAAUUGUGGAAACAUGUGGUUGGGAUUCCUACAUCAUUGUGGGAUAGGUGCCAAAGAUAUGGGCUUGCUUUGGACACACAUGUCUGUUCGAUGUGAAGAGGUUAAGGCCCUUUUUGACGAAAAGAAGAAGAAUAAUUGGAUUAUCAAUCUGAAUUAUGCAACUGAGUUUUGUUGCUCAGUUGUAAAAUUAAUAUAGUUGCAUCCUUGGCUCCAUGUAAUAUUUGGAAGUUGUAAUCCUGAGGUUUGCAAGGCUGUUCACCACUCUUUAACAGAAGAACAUUGUCACUACUGUUAUUAGUUAUAGAGUUUGCUUCUUUGAAGAAAGAAUAAAUUUCUAAUUGACUACUAGUAAAUUGUAGAGUUGGUGCAGAAGUAGACAUAAUUAAUGUGUUCCUAAUAUUAGGGGCUUCUUCAAUU